ACGUGAUGUGAGCCAACCUACCAUUUUCCCAAGGGCCACAUGAACAGAUGCGCUGUCUCUCUUUUCCAGCUGCAUGGUGACUAUUUCUCUGUACUUAUUAGCAAACAACAUGAAAGCAUUUGGCGGUUUCUUUAUGUACGGCCGAUCCCGCACAUGCUCAGUCUUCCUGGAAUUACUGAAAUAAGAGCGCAGCAGUAAAAGGGAAAACAUUAUUUUUCAUUUCUAUGGGAGACAGCUAGGUGUGUCCUAAAUGUAGACUGUGCUGUGUAUUACAGUUUGAAACAGACAUCCAUCACUUAGCAGACAAAUAGCUUGUUGCUUUCUUUCUUCUGUGGAAAUCUUACAUUGAUGUGAAGAUGUUUUGGGGAGGAGCCGCAGACAUUAAAGGAUGUACCUGCUCAAACAAAAUCUCUCCAUUCCUACGUAGAUAUGAAAUAACAGAAAGGUGAACAGGGAGGGUAGGCAUUUUCCAGUAACAGUUUGAGGCUUUGUCUCACAUAAAGCCAACAGGAACCAUCUGAGGGGUUCCAGGCGUCAUCAUCAUCCCCGACGGCGCCCUCAUCUAAACACAAACACACAGAGUGCUGAGUGAACACCACCGCUAGCGGAGUUUUCAUGUGAAAGUGUUGGUUACAGAGGCCUACCAUUGGUUGAGGGUGUGGUCCCAGGAUGUUUUGGACCGGCCAUUGAUGCUGCAGUUGCUGUCGUUUAAAGGGGAUAUGGAUCGUGACAUACUUGUUCCACUGGAGAAAAUACAAAAGCUGGUAACCGCUAUGGCCCCAGGGACACCUUUAGACACCCCUGUACACAUACCACAACCUGUCAAAAGAGUGGGCGGACAGCAAUGGUGGUUGGACUGCCCACACUCUCCUGCCUGCUGUAUGGAUGUUAUCACAAGGUGCAGAGCUCUGCUGUGGUCCUGGCGCUAGAAAAAGCGGAGGUUUUGGAGCAGGCAGACUACCUUUACAGCAGUGCUGAGACAGAGAAACUCUACCAGCUGCUACUGCAGUACAAGCACAGUGAUAAUGCGGAGUUCCUGUGGAGGCUGGCGCGAGCGUCGCGAGACAUGUCGGUGCUUCCUGACACGGAUGCAGGAAAGAAGCAGCAGUUGGUGUACGAGGCCUUUGAAUACGCCAAAAAAGCCCUGGAGAAAGAUGACACGUGUUUCGCAGCACACAAGUGGUAUGCAAUCUGCAUCAGUGAUGUGGGGGAUUACGAGGGAGUCAAAGUGAAAAUUGGAAAUUCCUACGUAAUCCGGGAACAUCUGGAGCGAGCCCUGCAGCUCAAUCCAAAAGAUGCAACCUCCUUACACAUCCUGGGAUACUGGUGUUUUGCUUUUGCUGAGCUGCCGUGGUAUCAACGCAAGGUAGCAGCGGUGAUUUUUGCGUCUCCUCCCACGUCCACGUACGAGGAGGCUCUGCAGUUCUUCCUGCAAGCUGAGCAGGUUGAUCCCAACUUCUACAGUAAAAACCUGCUGAUGCUGGGGAAGACCUACAUGGCUUUGAAGGACGAGCAGCAGGCUGUGCUGUGGUUAAACAAAGCUAAAGAUUACCCUGCGCACACGCUGGAGGACAAACAGGUCCACCAAGAAGCCGUGGAGCUCUUAAAGAAGUUCAGAUGAAGCUUUGGUGGAACCUUUUGAACUUUGACACAAACCACUCCUGCCUUGAGGACGCUAUGUACAAACGUCAUGUCACCUUUCUACAAAAUAAAAGCACAAUGAUGGCCAGGGGGCCGGGUCAUUCACAUAUUUAUUUGUAUCUUGUCUUCAAAUGGCUGAAGCGGAAUUAAAAAUGAAUGGUCUAUACACAGGGGGGUAGGUAAAGGGCCAUUCUGUACAGUGUAGUGGAUGUUUACAGUGUCUAUCUACACGCAAUAUGUUACACUUGGAGGGGGUGUCAGGGGGGCAGCACGGAUGCUGCAUCUGGCAACCAUGCAGCCCCCCGCAAAACACUCCCGUCUAUUUGUGAUAUGAAUCAAAAGCAUCACAAUUUCCAGCAAUGGAAGGGCGGCUCUUGUAGUCGAUGGUAUUACUACUACUACUAAUGCGUAGUCGAUGGUAGUCA